AUGUCUGCUAACGAACCUAACCACCUAUUCUUCACCUCUAAAGAUGAUCCUCGAGAGGAUUGUAUCAUCAUUGGCUUCACCUACGGUACAUUCACUGCAGAGGGCACAGACAAGCCCAUCUUCUAUCGUUUCACCACCGAGCAAACACCGUCUGGAGAGACGAGGACAAGAAUUGCUCGUGGAAAUGGCGAGCUUGUUGCUUCUCUCGAUUGGUCGAUGCACGACCAGCUCGGGAUGGUGUCUAUCGGCGAAAUGCGAAGGCCAAUGUCAUACUGUAUUCGUCGGUUUCGAUAUCUUCAUCUAUCUCUCGAACUCACGGAGCCGUUGUGA